AUGGGGGACAUGAAACUGGUUGCCUCAUCACACGUGUCCAGAACCUCCCACAGUGUGGAUCCCUCGAGGGUCAGCUCCACGCCCCUCACGGAGGCCCCUGCUUUCAUUCUGCCCCCUCGGAACCUCUGCAUCAAAGAAGGAGCCACCGCCAAGUUCGAAGGGAGGGUCCGGGGUUACCCAGAGCCCCAGGUGACAUGGCACAGAAAUGGGCAAACCAUCACCAACGGGGGCCGCUUCCUGCUGGACUGUGGAGUGCGGGGGACUUUCAGCCUUGUAAUUCACACUGUCUGUGAGGAGGACAACGGAAAGUAUACCUGUGAAGCCAGCAAUGGCAGUGGGGCCCGCCAGGUGACGGUGGAGCUGACUGUGGAAGGGAAUUUUAUGAAGAAGCAUGGUCAGCCUGCUGUUUCCAAAACCUCAGGAUUUUCAUCCCCGGUGGGGGAGACUCGUCCUAGCAUCUGGGGCGAGUGCCCACCAAAGUUUGCCACCAAGUUGGGCCGAGCUGUGGUCAAAGAAGGGCAGAUGGGGCGAUUCUCCUGCAAAAUCACUGGCCGGCCUCCACCACAGGUCACCUGGCUCAAGGGAAAUGUCCCAUUGCAGCCAAGUGCUCGAGUAUCUAUGUCAGAGAAGAAUGGUAUGCAGAUCCUGGAAAUCCAUGAGGUCACUCAGGAUGACAUGGGCACGUACACGUGUAUGGUGGUGAAUGGGUCAGGGAAAGCCUCCAUGUCAGCAGAGCUCUCCAUCCCAGGUUUGGACAAUGCCACUAGGUCGUUUGUGAGAGAAACCAAGGCCCCCAGUCCAGACAUCAGGAAGGAGGUGACCAAUGGAAUCUCCAAGGACCCAGAAACUGUAGCCGAAAGCAAAAACUGUUCAAGCCCCCAGAGGAGUGUUUCCUCAGCCUGGGCCACAAACAGCCAUCUGAAGUCCCUGCAGGAGCCCAAGCUGAAGCUGUGUGAGGAAAUGCCCAGAAAGGCCCUGCAGUCCUCAGUCUUGCAGAAGACUUCCAGCACCAUCACCCUGCAGGCUACAAAAGUCCAGCCAGAAGCCAGAGUACCAGGCUUUGGUGCCUUCUCUCCUUCUGGAGAAGAAAGGAAAAGUCUGGCUGCCCGUCAGCCAGCCACACUCCCUACCAGACAGUGUGGCCUGGGAGGUGCAGUUGGGAACAAGUUUGUUACCAGGAACAUUGCCAUAGAGAGUCAAAGGGAGUCAGCAUUCCCCAAAUUUGAAAGUCAGCCUCAAAGCCAAGAAGUCACUGAGGAUCAAACAGUCAAGUUCGUCUGUGAGGUUUCAGGGAUACCAAAGCCUGAAGUGGUCUGGUUCCUGGAAGGCAUCCCUGUGAGGAGACGAGAAGGCGUCACUGAGAUUUAUGAAGAUGGUGCCUCCCAUUACCUCUGCCUACGGAGAGCCCGGAUGAGAGACAGUGGGAGAUACAGCUGCACAGCAUCCAAUAGCCUCGGCCAGGUGUCCUGCAGCUGGACCCUCCUGGUGGAACGGUCAAACUUGGUGCAGAUAGCCCCUUCAUUCUCUAGUGUCCUGAAGGACAGUGUUGUCGUUGAGGGCCAGGAUUUUGUGCUGAGGUGCUCUGUACGGGGGACCCCAGUACCCCGAAUCACUUGGCUGCUCAAUGGACAGCCCAUCAAGUUUGCUCACUCCAUCUGUGAGGCUGGCAUGGCUGAGCUCCACAUCCAGGAUGCCCUGCCAGAGGACCGUGGCACCUACACCUGCCUGGCGGAGAAUGCCUUGGGGCAGGUGUCCUGCAGCGCCAGGGUCACUGUCCAAGAAAAGAAAAGUGAAGGAGAGAGGGAAAACCGUCUGCUCCCAGCUCCCAGCAAGCCCGUUGCACCCAUCUUCUUGCAAGGCCUCUCUGAUCUCAAAGUCAUGGAUGGAAGCCAGGUCACCAUGACAGUCCAGGUGUCAGGGAACCCACCUCCAGAAAUCAUAUGGCUUCACAAUGAGAAUGAGAUCCAGGAGUCAGAGGACUUCCACUUUGAGCAGAAAGGUGGCCGGCACAGCCUGUGUAUCCAGGAGGUGUUCCCGGAGGACACCGGCACAUACACCUGUGAGGCCUGGAACAGUGCCGGGGAAGUCCGCACCCAGGCCAUACUCACUGUGCAAGAGCCUCAUGAUGGCACCCAGCCCUGGUUCAUCAGCAAGCCUCGUUCAGUGACAGCCUCCCUGGGCCAGAGUGUCCUCAUCUCCUGUGCCAUAGCUGGAGACCCCUUUCCUACUGUGCACUGGCUCCGAGAUGGCAAAGCCCUCUCUAAGGACAAUGGCCACUUUGAGCUGCUACAGAAUGAGGAUGUGUUCACCUUGGUUCUAAAGAAUGUGCAGCCCUGGCAUGCCGGCCAGUAUGAGAUCCUGCUCAAGAACCGGGUUGGCGAGUGCAGUUGCCAGGUGUCACUGAUGCUGCAGAACAGUCCUGCCAGAGGCCCACCACGGGGGCGGGAGCCUGCCGGCUGUGAGGGCCUCUGUGGUGGUGGAGGAGUUGGUGCUCAUGGUGAUGGUGACCGUGAUGGGACCCUGAGGCCUGGCUGGCCAGCAAGAGGGCAGGGUUGGCCAGAGGAGGAAGACGGAGAAGACGUGAGGGGGCUGCUGAAGAGACGGGUAGAGACCAGGCUGCACACAGAAGAGGCUAUCCGUCAGCAGGAGGUGGGGCAGCUGGAUUUCCGUGACCUCCUGGGAAAGAAGGUGAGCACCAAGACUGUCUCAGAAGAAGACCUGAAGGAGAUCCCAGCUGAGCAGAUGGAUUUCCGCGCCAACCUUCAGCGGCAAGUAAAGCCAAAGACAGUGUCCGAGGAAGAGAGGAAGGUGCAUAGCCCCCAGCAGGUUGACUUCCGCUCUGUCCUAGCCAAGAAGGGGACCCCUAAGACCCCCAUUCCUGAGAAGGCCCCACCUCCAAAAGCUGCCACCCCAGACUUCCGCUCAGUGCUAGGUGGCAAGAAGAAGUCACCGGCAGAAAAUGGUAGCAACAGUGCUGAGGUCUUGAACAUCAAGGCUGGGGAAAGCCCCACGCCUGUAGGCAACACACAGCCAGUUGGGGCCCUGAAGCCCAUAGGUAAUGCCAAGCCGGCUGAGACCCUGAAACCCACAGGCAGUGCGAAACCUGCUGAGAUCCUGAAGCCUGUAGCCAAUGCCAAACCCACUGAGACUCUGAAACCCAUAGCCAAUGCACAGCCUGCAGGGUCCCUGAAACCUAUAGGCAAUGCUCAGCCUACUGAGACCCCAACGAAGCCCAUGGCCAAUGCCAAACCUGCUGAGACCCUGAAACCUGCUGGGAAAGAAGAACUCAAGGAGGUUAAGAAUGAUGUGAACUGUAAGAAAGGGCAUGCCGGAGCCACAGGCAACGAAAAAAGACCCGAGAGCCAAGGCUCGGCCCCAGUCUUCAAGGAAAAGCUACAAGAUGUCCAUGUGGCAGAAGGGGAGAAGCUGCUACUCCAGUGCCAGGUGACCUCUGACCCACCGGCCACUGUCACCUGGACACUGAAUGGAAAGACACUCAAGACCACAAAAUUCAUCAUCCUCUCCCAAGAAGGCUCACACUUCUCCAUCUCCAUCGAGAAGGCACUGCCUGAGGACAGGGGCUUGUACAAAUGUGUAGCCAAGAACAGUGCUGGCCAGGCGGAGUGUUCCUGCCAAGUCACUGUGGAUGAUGCUCGGACCGGUGAGAACACCAAGGUCCCGGAGAUGAAAUCCCGGAGACCCAAGAGCUCUCUUCCCCCUCUGCUAGGAACAGAGAGUGAUGCAACUGUAAAAAAGAAACCUGCACCCAAGACACCUACAAAAGCAGUUAUGCCCCCUCAAAUCAUCCAGUUCCCUGAGGACCAGAAGGUACGCGCAGGAGAGCCUGUGGAGCUGUUUGGAAAAGUGACUGGCACCCAGCCUAUCACCUGCACAUGGAUGAAGUUCCGAAAGCAGAUCCAGGAGAGCGAGCACAUCAAGGUGGAGAGCAGUGAGAGUGGCAGCAAGCUCACCAUCCUGGCAGCGCGCCAGGAGCACUGUGGCUGCUACACAUUGGUGGUGGAGAACAAGCUGGGCAGCAGGCAGGCCCAAGUCAACCUCACAGUCGUGGAUAAGCCAGAUCCCCCAGCUGGCACACCUUGUGCAUCUGACAUUCGGAGUUCCUCGCUGACCCUGUCCUGGUAUGGCUCUUCCUAUGAUGGAGGCAGUGCUGUGCAGUCUUACAAUGUUGAGAUCUGGGACACGGAGGACAAGAUGUGGAAAGAACUAGCCACAUGCCGCAGCACCUCUUUUAAUGUCCAAGACCUGCUGCCUGACCGCGAGUAUAAAUUCCGUGUACGUGCAGUCAACGUCUAUGGAACCAGCGAGCCGAGCCAGGAGUCUGAGCUCACAGCCGUGGGAGAGAAACCUGAGGAGCCAAAAGAUGAAGUGGAAGUGUCAGACGAUGAUGAAAAGGAGCCUGAGGUCGAUUAUCGGACAGUGACAGUUAAUACUGAACAGAAAGUAUCUGAUGUGUAUGACAUUGAAGAGCGACUAGGAUCUGGGAAGUUUGGACAAGUCUUCCGACUCGUGGAAAAGAAAACUGGAAAGCCCUGGGCAGGGAAGUUUUUCAAGGCCUAUUCUGCCAAGGAAAAAGAGAACAUCCGGCAGGAGAUCAGCAUCAUGAACUGUCUGCACCACCCCAAGCUGGUCCAGUGCGUGGACGCCUUCGAAGAAAAGGCCAACAUCGUCAUGGUUCUGGAGAUCGUGUCAGGGGGUGAGCUGUUUGAGCGCAUCAUUGACGAGGACUUCGAGCUGACGGAGCGAGAGUGCAUCAAGUACAUGAGGCAGAUUUCGGAGGGGGUGGAGUACAUCCACAAGCAGGGCAUCGUGCAUCUGGACCUCAAGCCCGAGAACAUCAUGUGUGUCAACAAGACAGGCACCAGGAUCAAGCUCAUCGACUUCGGCCUGGCGCGCAGACUCGAGAACGCCGGGUCUCUGAAGGUCCUCUUUGGGACCCCGGAGUUUGUGGCCCCUGAAGUGAUCAACUAUGAACCCAUCGGCUACGCCACAGACAUGUGGAGCAUCGGGGUCAUCUGCUAUAUUCUGGUCAGCGGACUGUCCCCCUUCAUGGGUGACAAUGAUAAUGAGACCUUAGCCAAUGUCACUUCAGCCACCUGGGACUUUGACGAUGAGGCGUUCGAUGAGAUCUCCGACGAUGCCAAAGACUUCAUCAGUAACUUGCUGAAGAAAGAUAUGAAAAACCGUCUGGACUGCACCCAGUGCCUUCAGCACCCAUGGCUGAUGAAAGACACCAAGAACAUGGAGGCCAAGAAGCUGUCCAAGGACCGGAUGAAGAAGUACAUGGCAAGAAGGAAGUGGCAGAAAACGGGCAAUGCUGUGAGAGCCAUUGGAAGACUGUCCUCUAUGGCAAUGAUAUCAGGGCUCAGUGGCAGGAAAUCCUCAACAGGGUCACCGACCAGCCCGAUCAAUGCAGAGAAACUAGAGUCCGAAGAAGAUGUCUCCCAGGCUUUCCUUGAGGCUGUUGCUGAGGAAAAGCCCCAUGCAAAGCCAUAUUUCUCUAAGACCAUUCGAGAUCUGGAAGUUGUGGAGGGAAGUGCUGCUAGAUUUGACUGCAAGAUUGAAGGAUACCCAGACCCUGAGGUUGUCUGGUUCAAGGACGACCAGUCAAUCAGGGAGUCCCGCCACUUCCAGAUAGACUACGAUGAAGACGGGAACUGCUCUCUCAUUAUUAGCGAUGUCUGCGGGGAUGAUGAUGCCAAGUACACCUGCAAGGCUGUCAACAGCCUUGGAGAAGCCACUUGCACUGCAGAGCUCAUUGUGGAAACCAUGGAGGAAGGGGAAGGAGAAGGGGGUGAGGAAGAGGAGGAAGAGUGAAGCAAACCCAAACAGAAGCAGUUCCUAAGUCAUUUUAAAAGAACUAGCUCUUUAAACUCAAAAAACUCAAGAUAGAAAAAGCACAUAGUGUGGUAGAUUAUCUAGUUAAGUCUUUUGGAGGUUGAUUCAUCAGCAUCAGUAGUUGGUACCCAGCAGUGUUAUUGAUGGGCAUUAAUUUGAAUUAGAUAGCACCUUAAGACACUAGUGCAGCUAGAUUCCAUGUGGGGGAAAUCACCAGCAACUUGUCUAACCAAUUUGAUUUUAAGAGAGAGAAUAACUAAAAGAAGUAUUUACCUGGGAAAAGUCAUACAUUUCCCAACACUCCUGAAAAGUAAAGCCACCACCAGGGCCCCGAGCCUCCUGCUGCAGCUCAACCCAGAUUCCCUGGAGGUAGAAUGACUCUUUCCCCCACCCGCCUGC